AUGGGCGCUAAGCAGAGCGGCCCGGCAGCCACCAACGGCCGAACGCGGGCUUACUCCGGGGGAGACUUGCCGUCCGGCAGUAGCAGCGGCGGUAUUAACGGGACGGGCGGGCGGCCGAUAGGCGGAGCGAUGAGGUACACACACCUGGCGCCUGGAGCGCACCACGCGGCCUCCGGCUCCUCGACGAGCAGUGGGGCGGCGACGGCGGCUCCCCCUUUGGCAGCUCCCAGGAGUAGGUCUCUGGGCGGGCCAACUGUCUCCGGGACUAGAGCGGCGCAUUCUGCCUUCCACAUCCCCAACAGCAGCGGCCUCUAUGGCUCCCAAGACUCGGUCAGCAGCACUCCCGAGGAAGGGGGGCGGGAACGAGCCACGGCGAGUGGCGGUGCAGAAGGACCCGGCGAGACAAGCGGAGGACCCCGGCUAGUUAUCGGCUCGCUGCCCGCGCACCUUUCGCCUCAUCUUUUUGGAGGAUUCAAAUGCCCAGUUUGUUCCAAGUUUGUUUCUUCAGAAGAAAUGGAUUUACAUCUUGUGAUGUGUUUGACAAAACCAAGGAUAACUUACAACGAGGAUGUCCUGAGUAAAGAUGCUGGAGAAUGUGCAAUAUGCUUGGAGGAACUGCAGCAAGGGGAUACAAUAGCACGAUUGCCUUGUUUAUGUAUAUAUCAUAAAGGAUGCAUAGAUGAAUGGUUUGAAGUAAAUAGAUCUUGUCCUGAGCAUCCUUCAGAUUAAUCGCCAAGUUUUCUGCUUUUAAAGUCUCUUACACUGCUUACCAGAAGUAAUAGAUGUGAAGUUCCAUCUUUAGAAGUCAAUCUAAAAGUGAACUUUUGUUCGUUUUGGAGUGGGAAAGAAGAAGAUGGAACAAGCAUGGGACAAAUGAUGCAAAGCUGGAUCCUCAGUGUACCAAAUGCUCAUCUAAAGGCAUCACAGGGAUUUUGAAAAUGCUGCACAUCCUGGAAAAAUUCACUCUCACAAACUUCAUAGAUAUUUUAUAUUUACAGGCCAAAGUUACUUUCAUUUUUUUAAAAGCAGUGUACAGAUACAGAAUGUUUUGACAUAAUUCCUUGAACAGAAGCUGUAUGUUCUACAUCAGUCUGGAACAUUUCACAAGGAAGAUGCCAUUUUUUAUUUGGAAUCACCUAUUCUUUUUUCUCACAGUAAAGAAGAAGACAAACUAUGAGAUACAGAGAUUCUUCAUCCAAUAUGCUGUUCACAUUUUUAUGGAAAAUAAUGCAAUGUUCUUUCUUUGAAUCUUUGAAAAUUUUGUAAGUAAAGCUUUGUCACAAUGCAGCCCAAAGAACAAAAUGCAAUCAAGGCUAAUUCUGAAUUAAUAUUAUUGAUCCAAUUAGAGUUAUUGAAAUCCAUAAUCUCUUCUCAUUUCUGUAUAAUAAAAUACAUUGUAAAUAUUAAUGCAGCAAUUUUUUUGAAAAUGCAUAAUCUAACAACUAUGCAAUAUUUUUUUAAAAAACUUAUAGGGACAUGGCAAAUAACAUCUUUCAGAAUGCUGCCAGUCAAGCUAAUUUAACGGGUAUUAUAUUUUUAAUGUUUCAGGUAGUUAUUUUCUUAUACUAUCACAGUUACCAGGCCACUUUCCUUAAGUUCAGUAGUCACAAAGGUAGGGAAGAUGAAAUGUUUCAUUGGGAUAAUGUCUGGCCUUUUUUUAACUUUUGUAUUGGAGAUUACUAUAUCUCAAUGGCUGGUCAUAGCAGAUUAUAAUAAUUUGCAUCAAUGUCAUUGAUGUAUUAACUGUAAUCCUAUACCCAGUCAUAUGCGCUUCUUGUUGAUAUAAACAGGCUUACAUAUUUUCUGGGUAUAUUGCCUGUAUUCUUGAAUCUAUAAUACUUUACUACACAAUUGUGUCUUAUCAUAAAUUGUAAAAUGGGCUUUCUCUGAGAGGAUAGAGAAGAAGCUCAUCAAAUAAAAUUAUGAGCUGUUAAUAUAUUUGAGGAUGUUUUUAGAAGCAAUUAAAAUAUCUUAUAAAGUUUGUGACAACAUGAAAAAGUAUUUAAUAAAGGUGAUGGAAACUUAACAUGAAAUUUAAAAUGAGAAAAAUAAAUUGUGUAAUCAGAUUAUUUCACUAUAUUUAUGUAUUCUGUUCCCGUAAGAUCAUUUUAAAAACAAAUUUCUGUUGACUAUUAUUGUUAUUAAUUACUGCUGUUAUAUUGCACGUAAUUCAUGUGCAUAUAGAAAUAUUUCAUACAUUUGCUGUACAUUCACAACUGUUAAAAUUUUAAACCAAAUAUUAAAUUCAUGAAGAAUGUCUUUUGCAGUGUACAUAUGUAUUAAAUGCUAUAGCCAGCAAACUUUACUUUC